UGACCAGUGAAAAAACCCGCACUACCUUGAGUGGAAACAAAACAAAUCUGGCUCGCAGCCAGUUGCAUCGGUCUCCGUUGGCGUUUGUUUACCGCAGGAACUCAGUGUCCGCUUGUCGUCUCGUAGAACUGUGCGUCGUUUUAGAGCAACAUGACAUCGAUCUGGAAAUCGGUGUGGUCUUCACCCAUGGGACUGCUGGGUCGUCUUCGGCAUAAAAAGCUGUCUGAGGAAUGGGUGAACAUCCAGCAGCCUGUGGUAGAGGGCAUCACCUUCUAUGCCAAGUACCUGGGCAGCACCUUGGUCGAGGAGCCCAGCGGGGAUAAGGCUACCGCAGAUGCUAUCAAGGCCAUCAUUGCCAUGGCCAAGGCUAGUGGCAAGAAGCUGCCCAAGGUGGCCAUCACAGUGUCGCCCAAAGGCAUCUCCACCCGCGACCUAGCCACGGGGGAGUUGCAACUGGACGUCUCCAUCUACAGGAUCUCGUUCUGCUCGGCCGAUGCCAGCUUCGACCGAGUCGUGGCCUUCAUUGGGACGCACAGCAACGAGGUGAUGGAAUGUCACGCGUUCCUCUGUGCCAAGCGAAGAGUCGCCCAGGCGGCCGCUCUCACCAUCUCACAGGCCUUUCAGGUGGCCUACCAAGCCUGGCAAGGUUCGCGACAAGCUGCGGCAGCCUCACAGGAUGCGGACAGCCAGCAGGACAACCAGCUGGAGGCCAAUGGCAACAAGGAGGCCGAAAGGAAGGAGGAAGGGCGCGUGACACCGCUCAUCGACCUCUCCUCAGACACGGAAAUGGAGGCUGCCUUUGGACGCCUAGGUGCCAGCCCGCCCCUCUUCUCGAGUGGCCUGAAGCCUCAGGAGGAGGAAGAGCUGAGGCAGUUUGUGGCUUCAGGCGCUUGCAGUCGCGAAGCAGGUCUGCUCGACCGCGAGGACGACCUCUUGUCACUCUGAACGAGAGCCACGCAACGGCGGUGCGACCCCUGUGCAACUCUGGUGCAACACUAGCAUGCAGCGGGUUUACCACGUGCAUUUGCAAAUGCCUGCCACGGUGGAUUUGGUGUCUGGAUCAAUCGACAGCGAGUGGCAGAAUCUUCGAUAGGGACUGCAGUGUUGUGAAAUGUUGCGUGUAUAAGUUGUGAAGUGUGUCGGCCUUAUUCUGGUCUGUGACAAGGUGGUACAAGGCUGAAAAAAAGAAGUGCAGCGUCCUGCUAGAGGGCGCUAGUGUGCGUGUGAACACCACGCCAUUGUGCGUAGUGAGAAAUGUGCCACAGCUGACCAGUUCACUGGAGCUCUAUUUCUGUGAGUACAACCCUACAUUAAUGGCUGCCAAGCUUCUGGCCAUCAUAAUUGCCUUGACAUGUUCUCAAGUCUCUUUGGCGACCGUAAUGAAGACCAGCAGUAACCUUGCAGAGUGAAGGAUUGCGCAAACGAAAUGCAACAGCCACGUAGAUGUGCUGUCGACGUCUACUGUUUCUCCUGUUGUGCCAUUUACAAUGUAGGCUAUUGAUAACAUCACUGAACCUUGUAUGAACCAAUGGAAUUACUGAUUGUUCAUUUGGCACUAGGAUAGAAGUUUAAGCACUAAGGCGGUGGGAACAAUGGCUCUUGUUUUGCGAACGAAACGUUCGUGCUGCUUCAAGUGCAGAGCGUUGAGGGGCAGGGUAUUCACACUGACAAAGACAACGUCGUAGCCUUUGCUUGCCGUGUCGCCAAUCUCUACCAGCGGUGCUCAAAUUGGCAGCAGCGAUUCAAGUGAUGCAGAGCAAGCAAAACUGAUGUUGUGAUUGGACUUUGCAAUGUGGAAAACAGACGGGAGUAGGAAAGGAGACGGGGACAGUGAUUGUAAUAUCACUCUGCUCCAACAUGGGAUGAAAAAAAAAGGAUUGCUUGUUGCACACUCUGGUUGAGGCAGUCUCUCUACAGCAUUUUUUCUAAGACUGUCUGCUGUGUGAAGCGUAGGUAACUUCCUUGCACACCAUUUGCUUUCAACAUUUCAACAAGACUGUUUGUUGGCCGAGUUGGUACUUGCUUAGUGACAUAUUUUAGCCGCGAGAGAGCACAUACACAAAGCAAAGAAACACACGACGGACGCCCGUCCUGUCGUUGUGUGUUUCUUUGCUUUGUGUAUGUGCUCUUUCGCGGCUAAAAUAUGUCAUUCAACAUUUCAGUUCCUUCUAUCCCUGCCAUUUCUCAACCAUUAAAAAAAAAUAAAAUCUCUCAGAAUGUUCUCAGGACAGUACUUUAUAAAUUUCAGUGCAGAACGAAUGUUUCUUUUCUAGCUUUGUUUGUGUAUAAUGUUUCUGCAAAUAGCCAAUUUUUUAAAGAGAUGUGCAAAUUCCUUUUCUCGAGGUCAAAUAUUUACGGAAUAGUGCCAGAAGCAGUUCAAACGGUGUCGUAUAUCAAAUACUUUGUAAAUAGACUUUGAAUAAUGAAAGGCCAUUUUUACAAUGAAUAAAAAGUGUUCACGCCAUAGUAUUAAUAAUCUUAACGUUAACACCAUGAAUGGAGCAUCAGGAACUUAUUCGAAUAAGUAGGUAUUUUGCCAUACAAAACCAUUCAAAGCACACAUUGCUGUUUAUUUUCGUGCACUUGUCAUUCUGAGAUAUUCUUAGAACUACGAGAAAAAUAUUCAUACUUGCGUGUAGCGGAUAUUCAAAAUUAUUCACACCCUCCCACACUUUUUUUGUUUUCAUAACUCAAGUUUCUCACUUGUCCCAUAGCUAAUGGCACCUAAGCUUGAUUGCUGUAAAACACUGUAACCCCUCUGUAGAGAACAAUUGGUUUGAGCUUGCCGACGAGCAUCAGAGGUAAAUUCGGGCGGCUGGUCAGUUUGGCACAUUUCAGGCAUGUGUGCGUUGCUGUUUGGUGUUUAAGCCAAGAUUUGGUGUUUAAGCCAAGGAUGUGGUACUACCGCUAGUUGGCCUUUUCUACAGGCCGUGCCACCAUUGCCACGUGUGCACAGUGAACGGUGUCUCAAAGUGCCUCAUUUUUUUCUGACGGCUCGGCGUAGCAGGCCCUGGGCUUCACGUGCAUUGUACAUAGCACUUGCAUUUGAAAAAGUCUGAAGGUGUUUCCAUGUUUGCUACUUUAGGUAGCAGUCAUCCAACACGUGAGUUAGUGUCGAGUGCAAGUGAUGCUGUUGUUGAAGAAAGACGGAGGAUUCAAUCCUCCUUUGUUGUUAAGCAUCGGAAAUGCUGAGGUAUCGUACUUUCUCUUUUUUUCUUAACUCUGCGAAAUCUCUUUGUAUACUUCACAUGCACCAAUCUUUUUGCCCUCUAGAAGACGGUUGUUCUCACUGACAGCAGAGGCCGUACAGGAAGGCCCGAUCUUAAAGGGAACACCUGCUGAUUGUUCGGCGAUCGGUUAAAGCUAAAAGAUAAGACGUGAAUGGCUGUGAACAAUUGUUUUAUACAGAAAUACCAGCCUCGUGGAUCAUGUCAGCUAUUUUAUUUAUAAGGUCAAAAAGGUGUUGUGGUUAUCCUGGCAUCAUUGCCCGCUAGUGUUCUUUGUAAGAGCGGGCUAUGCUGUGCAUGCAUUCACACAUUAUGGCAGAGCCUUGUUAGUGCUAACAGUUUGGCAGUGUGAGCACUAGCUUCACUACGUCUCCUCUAUUGUGCAUAUCACUGUUGGUGACGAUUGAUGCGAGGCUUACCGAGUGUUCCUUGUCGCUUCGGUAAGGUGCCUCGGGUUUCCUGGGACAAAUUUCGACGCUCAACUGAACGAGGGCCGUGCAAAGAGUGAAGGUAGUAGUUGAUCCAGCCAAGUCUGUAGUAUCUAAUAGAGGCCAUACAUGGUGCCCAAGUAGUACUUAAUGUGGAUAGGCCUCGUAGUGGUACCAGUGGUAUCAGUACUGCCAAACUGUAGCUUCUCUCGGCACAGCCUAGCCUGCUAAGCCCUUACUGUAAGCAGCACACUGGCUGUUGUGAAAGCACUCUAAGAUCCUGGAAGCAUUGUCACCAUGGAUGGCAUCGGUUGGCAUCUGUCGUACAUUCCGUCUUGUCAGGCUAAAGCCCAAUGUCCGCCAAAGGGCGACAGUCAAAACAUUAUCCUAAACAAAGUGUCUUUUGCUUUACCGCACGUUUGUGCUCGUGCGUGCCUAAGAGGCAGUUUUUGUUUUUCUCCCUGUGUUUUCUUACUUUGUAUUCGAGACAUGUGGUUGUGUUGUUAUUGGCACAUCCACUGCUAGCCCAUGUGUUUUUCUCUCCCGGUUGUUUUUAAGGUUGUGUUGUUGGCGCUGUUGUUUUUUCUACCAAGUCGUAUAAGCAUUUCGUAACUGUGAACAUUGUAUAGUGGCGCGUAACUGUUUGUGUGUUUGUGUUGAUCAUUGAUAUUGAUUGUUCUUACCCUGCAAUGGCCAAGAUGUUUCUUGCGAUGUUGAGGCAAAGUUUAAGAGUGUUCAUCCUUCUGGAAUGCCAACGCGCAAACGUGCGACAUCCAUUGAUGGCCACUACUAGUGCUGAGGUUCAUUCUUGGCAUAGUGCUGAUAACACUGAGGGGUGCAAGCCCAUGCUAGAAAUUCUGGGUUAUUCUUGUUUGGACAGUAUCCACGUUAUGAAGAAAAAGGACCGUGACUUCCGAGCAACCACUGAAUCCUGGGACGUAGAAGCGCUACGUCAUUGGCGUUUGCUCACGAGCUGGAAUCGAGGUGCAAUCCUCAAAGCCACUACGCCUUGUCCUCAAGUGUUUUGAAGGUCACGUGUGUGUCCUUGAGGAUAGCACUAACUGUUAUCAGCAGGUGGCCUGGAUGAUAGUGGCCCACCCCUGCGUGUUGGUGUUUAACCACAGACCUGAGCUUUCUGCGUGCUGUCUCUACCACGUCACCUACGACGAGCGGCAAGCCAGUUCGUCUCCCUAACAACGUUCAUUGCGCAUCUUGCAUUUGAUUCUGCUGCUGAAUGCUCUUUGUAUUCGUUGUUGAUGGCAUCGGGGGAACAAGAGUACUAGAACGUGGCGCUGCUCACAGUGAUGCCUGUAUUUUGAAUAUGUAUAACACUUAGUUUUGAUAUCGAGAUUUCACGCAAUGCAAGUGCAGAGCCAGAGAUUUUUACCUUGUUCUAGCAUCAGAGCUGUUUGGAAGUGUCCCUCGCGUGAAGAGGCUUUCAAAGUCUGGGACCCUUGAGGGCACUACAUGUUUGAGCAAGAGAGCGUUUAUUCACCGUUGGAUGGUCUGUACAUUGCUCAGAAGAAUAUUGUCUCGUGGCUGCCUGUAAAAGUAUUGUAGUGCAUGCGCUGAACAGUAUAUGGUUUAUUUCCUGCUAUGACUAUUACCUUCGUCUACAUGCGCGACUGAUAUCACUUUUGCAGUCUGGCUGUAAUGUCCUAUUAGUGUUUGGUCGGUUCGCGAUGAAAGUUGUGGUGUGGAGCAGGAAGAUGCUGUUUUGUUUGGUUAGGUACAGAGUUUAGUGGUUAUGCUUGCAGGCUGUAAAAUUUAAUAGAAUUUUAUGCAAUGUUUGCUCUGUAUAUGACUUUCUUUUGAUGAUAACAAAUGUUACCAGCAUCUGAACAUCGUAGUCUUCUUACCAUGAUUCACCUUCACAUUUCAGAGUAAGCAUCUUGUCUACAAAGUCCUUACCACUCAACUGCCCUAUUAACUUUUGCAAAAGACCGUACGUCACAUGUAGGCUACUGCAAAUGUAGAGCUCUGUCAUCUUAAUGCUGCAUCAGCCUGGCAUAAUUGCCAUUUUCACGUGACAAACGAAAGCCAGUGAUUGCAGCAUUUUCGCUGAUGGUCAUGCAUGGACGUUAACAUUAAUUCAGUUUUCCAAAACGAGAAUCAGUUGUACAGACCAUGUGUUCAGGAUUUUAGAAGCGAAAAUGUGUCAAGUUUGAUGACGUGAGGCAUCGUUAGCUCGUUUUAUUUUGCCAAGAUAUACAAAGUAUUUUGCGUUAGUUUACACUCAACACGGGUUGAGUCAAAGUGAGGCUAGGUGCAAAGUUAGGUGUCUAAUGUCGUCUACGGCGAGUGCAAUGCUGUUGCAUGUCACGAUAUAUGCAUGCAUGCCUUGAAAUUUUUUUAUGCACAGUUCUAUAAGAAAGGUAUCAUGCACAUUUUUUUUUGUAGUAAAGGAGUAAAAACAUGGCACCGAUGCAUGCGUUUGCUCAUUUAUCAGGACACUGAAUAUGACACAGAGUUACGCGUAAGCGCUAAUUCACUUUUUUGUUUCACUUGGCGAUGUCAGACUCGUGAGUGAGCGGUGAUAAACUAUAAAUGUUGAAUUAUAGAAAUACAGGUAAUGUAGGACCACUUUAAUGUUGCCUCGCAAGUCUUCGGCGACACGAUAGAUUUUGAUUAGAUCUUCCUGCUACUAGUUGAUAGUUAUUGAUUAUCGUGGGCAACAUGUCGUAAAUUCUAAAGGAGCCAAAGAUGGGCUCAGUGAGCUUUGACGACUUUUUUUUGUACAAAUGUUAAUGUCAGCUGGAAAGAACACUUUAGAAUUAUAACGUACCGGAAUUUUGAUUCUUCAUUUUAUUCAUUAAUUCAAGGAAGACUUGCAGGAAAAGCCUGGGUGACAGGCUCGAAGAAAAAUUCAAAUUUUUCUCCUCCCCAUUAGCAACACUCUCCUUUUUUUUUUGUCCACCUAAUAACUACACUAUUAGAUACUAUUAAGAAAAGACACGCACACAGUGCAUUUUUUAGCGUACAUUUGAGCGUGACCAAUCUCCAAAGUAAUCUUAAUUUAUUGGUUUUAUUCCUCCAUUUUGGAAAAAAGGAAAAGUAGGUUGAAGCGAUCUAGAUAGAAAUGAGCAUAGCGCAUGUUGAUACCUGCGAUGUUGAUGUCUGCGAUGUUGAUACCAGUGUAUCCUGGGAAUAUUUUAAUGCAGAUUGAUGUCUGCGUGCUUCGUGUUUUAAGUGUGCAGUGCUGUUGGUAACACAGUGGCCAAACCGUUUAUAACAUGAAAUAUGCAUAUGACUUCUCUGGAGCAGGCCUGUGUUGGGGAAGCUCAUUCGAUGAGGUGGAAAUGAAUGCGCAAGAAGAGGGGUCGUCAAGAGACUAACAACGGCUUCUUGGUCAUUGUGCAAUCCAAUCCAGUCGUUAAUCCAGCGCAAGAAGCUCUUGUAGUGUUCUUUUCUUUGUCCCAGUCGUCCUUGUGUUGCAAGCAGUGUGCAAAAAGGAGGGAAAGAGAGGGUGCUUAUACAGGAAAAAAAGGAAGGGAAAGUUGAGGAAGGAAGAAUGAUAGUUACUAAAUAGACUAUUAAACGUGAUGAUGUUAACAAAUGUGCAGUUACCUUGCAUACAGGGGUGCGGUCACGCGAGCAUCUUGCCUUACAAACAUUUGCCUGCGCUCUUGUUAUUGGCCAGUGCUAGGAAAAAAACCAAAUUGAACACUGCCUACCCAGUGACACAGUAGUGAAAGAGAACAUUUGGAAAGUGAGUUGCUUGUGUGAUCUCUCCCCACAUCUCCAGUCUGGCCUAUCCUCGGCAGCACUCAAGGCCAGCCGUUCAAGUAGCCCAAGGGCAUAAACAUUGACGUAUAUUCUGUGUGCUGACGGUCCAAAUGGAAUUGCUUAAAAGGUUAUGUAGGUUGAAAGUGUUGCUGUUAGUCAAGCAAACGUAUAAUUUUCCAUACAGUUGUGUGCGGCUUGUUGCAAUUAUCAAAAUGAAGACCAUUUAUUCUAUUGUUGCGGGGAGUGCGCAAUUGGUUUCAGCUUUAAUAGCACUAGAUAUAUAAUGACCUUCAGAGUAUCACUAAUGCAUAGAUUGUUUACCUAGCAUGCCAUGUCAGGCACUUUUGGCUAAAGACAUCCUGGAGUAGCAUUGGUUUAUUUUCACAUUCAUGUUUACUGAGAGUGGACCACUACUAUACCAUUUUUGAUGACAUUCUUUCCCAUUGCUUAAUGAGCUGUGAAAGUAUUUGCACGUGCAAUGAAGAGUUUCCAUUAUACUGAAUACUUUAUCUGGAUCUGAUGUGGCUGUUCUUUGUUUUCACUAGUGACGAAAAUUUUCAUUCUACGCAUUUAACAUUUCUGUAGCAUUACUGUUGUGUGUGUCUGGAUGUUUACUCGUGUGUGAGGAGCUGCGCUGAUGUGAUAAAAAAAAAAAACAUCUUUAUCCGUAUUCGUGUUGCGAAGACCAGCCUAAUGAGCUUCGUAGUCCGGUUGGCAUUUUAACUGGUCUGUAAACUAUGUUUUCAAUCUUUUUCUUUCUUCUAUGGGUAAACGUGCACCUUUCUGACGCAUUUUCUUUAGUUAAAAGAGCUUCAUUAUACAUAAAGUAUGGAUUCGCAUGUAUGAGGGCAUAAUGUUGCAUUUAUUAAUACUGCGGUCAAGAAGCAGUGAUAUGCAUGUCUACUGUUUUUCUUUUUUUUCAACUGGGCCUGCCUUCAUUAUUGUACUCAUCGGCCAUUGGCACCAAAAGGAUACGGUCGUAAAAAAACACGACAGUGCUAGCAAUGCGGUUAACACUUGAUGCAGCCAGUUUUUGUGGAUUCCUAAUCUUUGAAAUCCCCAAUCGUACACAAAUAACCCUUUCCAGGAAACAAGGUGCUUCACAAAUCGGAACUUAACCGCAUAGACCAUAAGGCAGUCUGCAUGCCUAUGUGCUGUGAAAUAUGGUGCCCAUAUUGCUUUCCAUAGUCAGACUGACCCAUAAACGGAACAGUGAGUUCACAACUAAGAACUUGUUUAUAGUAUUGUAACACGCUUGUUCUUGUUACGUUCAGCACAGUUAAGUGCACGCUACAGCCCUCUGAAUCUCGCUUUGUACUUGCUCCUUAUAAAAUGCUGUCUUCUGUUGGUGAUCUGAAAAUGAAGUGCAUCUCUUACUUGGUUGUGAAAAUAGGAUGAGUUCUUCAUAGUAAGAGGAGGUGAGGUCAGCCGUAGUUUGAAUAAAGGACAGAUGUUUGGCACACGCUGAAUGUGAACAAUUCUCAUUCACUUUGCUGCCGAACAAUGUUACAAAUGAUCUUUUCUACUCAAACAUACCGAACAUCAUGUGUUUGCAUAACCCUGUGAGCCCAUUUCCACAGCUUCGAGUUUCAUCGCUACCCCUGCCGUUUGUUGCACAUUGUUUAAUGCCUCAUUCACACAGCUGUCAAAUGUUCAGCCAUGUAGCCAUCACCAUGCUGGCAUGUAUCAACAAGAAAACGUUUUCUCAUCAGUUUCUACCCAGAAAUGACAUGCCGGUAGUGUUGCCUGGCACUAUUAACUUAGCCGGCAUCCCAAUUCUAAAGAGAAAGCAGCAAGACGCUGUUUCAUGACCGACGUUGACAUUGUGAUAUUGACGUGACUGAGCAUUUGAUGGCUGUGUGAAUGAGGACUGAGAGAGAUGUAUAGUGCAUUUUAACGUUGGUGGCUGCAUUUGAACCGAGCGAUAAUGCGCAGAACUACCAUGGUAGCUUUGGGAAACAGUGGUCCCCAGUGAUGUGCAUGCAGUCUGCCCUGUUACAAAUGAACACUGCAUGCAAAAGCUGCUGUAAUCUUGAUGGUAUUCAGGGAGUAGCGUCACGAACUCUGCUCUCCCGUUAAAGUAAGUUGCUCACAUUUACCACAUCUAAAAUUCUUUAUUGCUGUGCUCUGUUCAAGUGAUAGAUUCACCUGCUCCUUAAUGUAAUUGCUUUUUUUUUCAUGCUGCUGUGUAAAAGAACAUUUGCCAGAACUCUAUCAGUUCUUUGCAUUUAGUACUUUCUUUUACCGAUGUUUGUUUGUCCUUGUUAUUAUGCUUUAUGCCCGAGUGAUUUGAGUGCUAAUUGUAAAAGCACUGCGGGUGGUGCACCCUGGUUACUGGCGGUUUUUCCGCGUGAUUUGUUUUGCCAUCGAGGUCUGAAAGGCUGAAGAUCUGUCUUUUUUUUUAAAUAAAGGCUGAAAAAUCUCAUG